GAAAAUUCUUCACUAGGCUCCAAUACUAUUGUGCCAGGCAAUAUAAUAAUUUGAUGCCAAAAGAGUUGCUAUAUAGCGCAAAUCAUGCUUUCUUUAGGCCCCAGAUAAUUAAUCAAAGAAAGCGGCCGAUCGAAAAAAGACACUAAGCAAGCAUGAGUUUUAUCAACGGAAGUUCUUUCCUCUUGGGGCUUGUAUUAUCUAUGGGGGUGUUAUCGGAAGUACCGAUGGUAGCAAUGGCAGCCAACGGCAGUAAAUUCAGCUUCUUCCCCGCGGUCACUGUUGAAAUCUUCAACAAGCUGCCUCUUGGUGCGACCUUCACCAUACAUUGUAAAUCGAAGGACGAUGAUCUCGGAACCCAUGAGGUUGGGACGGGCCAGAGCUACUCGUUCCACUUCAAGGUUAAUUUCUGGGGCACCACGCUGUUCUUCUGCAGGGCAUCACAUGAAGGCAAUAAUGUCGACUUUGAGAUCUACAGGGCCUCGAGGGACGACACCGACAGGUGCCCUGAUUACUGUAUGUGGGUGGCAAAUGGAGAUGGCAUCAUGGGAUACCCUGAAUCUUCCAGUGAAAAGCCCGAUAUUGUUAUUCCUUGGAAGCGGUAAAUGUUGAGGCAGGAAAUAUUACAAUAAGAUACAUAUAAAAAAAGGUGCAAAUAUUGGGCAUCCUUGAUAUUUGAUUGGACCUGUUGCUGCAACC